GGCCGGAUUGGGGAAUUUUCGGGUAAGGCCCUAGCAGCUGCGGGAUCACUUGUCCUGAGGAUAUUCCCUUCAAAAUUCCCCGAAGCUAGAAACUAGCACAAUAUUGUAAAGUAAUUAUACUCCAAUAAAGAUAUUAAAAAAAAAAAUUCCCCAAAGCAGCACCAGCUGCCCCAGUGCUUGGCAUUUGGAACAGGAAUCAACGUUUGGGAGCAGCUGACAGACUCCAUGCAGUAGGAAGUCUACUGUGCUUUGUAAAACUGGCUCACCCACCCUCAGGACCUGCAGUGCCUCUGGAUUCCAGCCUCCGGGGCUCCACGCCAGACAGUCUGAGCAUGCGAGUCACACUUGCUGUGACAGCCUGCAUGCUCUCUGUGGUCUCCAGUUCUUCCUCUCCAGCAAAUACUUUGCCAGAUAUCGAAAAUGAAGGUUUCAUCAAAGACUGUGUUCGAAUGCACAACAAGUUCCGAUCAGAAGUGACUCCAAAAGCCAGUGAUAUGCUGUACAUGACUUGGGACCCAGUACUAGCCCGAAUUGCAAAAGCAUGGGCAAGAAACUGUCUGUUUGCACACAACACACAGCUGAAGCCGCCCCACAAGCUGCACCCAAAUUUCACUUCGCUGGGAGAAAACCUCUGGACUGGAUCUCUGUCCCUCUUUUCUGUGUCUUCAGCCGUCACAGACUGGUACAACGAAAUUCAAUACUAUGACUUCAAGACUCAGAAAUGUGACAAGGUCUGUGGCCAUUAUACUCAGAUUGUUUGGGCAGAUAGUUACAAAGUUGGCUGUGCAGUACAGUUUUGUCCUCGAGUUUCUGGCUUUGAAACUCUUCGCAAUGGAGCACAUUUUAUAUGCAACUAUGGACCAGGAGGCAAUUACCCAACCUGGCCAUAUAAAAAAGGAUCCACAUGUAGUGCCUGCCCCAGUAAUGACAACUGUCUGGACAAUCUCUGCGCUAACCCACAACGAGACAAAGUGACACGUUACUACUCUGUUGUGUUUCCAGACUGGCCAGUAUUUCCACGUAACAGAUACACGUCUCUUUUCCUCAUUGUUACUCCACCAAUCCUAAUACUGAGUGUUAUAAUUAUCAGUUUGGUCAAGCACAAAUACCCUCAUUUAGUUCUUCUGAACUAAUACAAUCCAGGGGGGGGAAAAAGCCUCAUUCAUACAUGGCUUUAAAAAAUAAAUAAAUAAAAAUUGGGUGUAUUUCUAA